AUGGCUUUUUCUAAUAGCCAUAUAGCCCAGCAGGUUGAGAAACACUUUCCUCGUACUGCUCACCAUAUUUUCAAUAUUAUGAUUGAACAAACUCCUCCCAACACCAAGUUGGUAAGUAACCAUACAUUAUUAUAUUACUACUCUUAUCUACUCUACUCUAUAUCUUUCUCUGCAUCAACUUCAAUUGAUCUUCCAUUAAUUAAUUUAUUUUUAUGGUGUUUUCUUGUGCAGCAAAUUUCAAAGGCAUUUUGGGUGAGAUAUUGUGACUCCUUUUCGAAUCAAGUAUUUCCUAAGCUUCCAUGUGGAUCAACAGAGGAGGCAGAGUUGACUAAAAGUAGUGAUGGAAAGGAGCAUAAUGUUGUUGAUAUUGACGAUUCUAAUGAAGAUUCAAACUCUCGGCCCAACAAGAUAAGGAAAACUAGUCCUUAUGGUAAUUCUGAAGCUGCAAAUAAAAUAAAACCAGUAUCUGAAGCAAAUACUGAUCAUGACAAUCAAGGCAUAGGCACUAAUAAUAAUAAUAAUAAGAGGCCUUCAUGUGAAGCAGCCACCGAAUUCUUCACAGAAAAUCCUUACUUCCAAGUGAAAUUGAGAGCACAUCAAUUGCGUGGAGAUGGAAAAUUGUAUAUUCAAGUGGCUAUUGCAAAAUCUUGGUUUGAGAAAAAGGCACAAAUUGUCAGUCUUUGGGUUGGUGAGGAAUAUUGGCAUGUGAAUUUAGCUAUUAAUAAGGGAUCAUCAUCUUCUGGAUUAGAGUAUAGGUUUUCUGGUGGAUGGCAUGCAUUUGCAAGAGACAACUCUCUUCAGCCAAAUGAUGUAUGCAUCUUUGAGCUGAUCAACAAGAAUAAACCUGAGGUUAAAGUUACCAUUUUUAGACAAAGUGAAAGUAGUAUGGCUCAACAAUAA